UCAAAAGUCAAAUGUCACUUUCCAAUUCUGUUACCAUUCCAAUUUCCAUGGCGGAUUAAAUUAGGAAAAUAGAAAUCACAGCAAAACAAUUUAUUAAUAUUAAAAAGAAUUCAACAAACAUAAAAAUGUCGACAGUCGUGUCUGACUGCUUCACAAUCGGCAGUAUAGUGUCUACCAGAACGUGUUACAAUGAACAUAUCGAAGGAGAAGUGCUUGCAUUUGACCCACAAACUAAAAUGCUUAUUUUAAAAUGUCCAUCGUCGAGUGGUAAUCCUAAGCGCCACGAUGUUAAUGUCGUAAAUUUGUCGCUCGUUAGCGAUGUUCAGGUAAAAAAGGAAGUGACUACAGUGCCCGACCCACCACCGUCGCUGAAUCUUCAUAGGUUAAACACAAGAGUUCGAAACGCGAUAGAAAAUAAACGAAGGCUGGUAUCUGCUCUAUCAGCGUGUCUAGAUCCAGAAGGCCAGCGUCUAUUUAUGGCCAUUGCUAGAGUUAUAGAAGAUGUGUCGUGGUCAGGCCAGAGUAUCAGAGUCUACAAUCAAGUCACCAUCACCCCACCAUAUAAAGUAGACAAUGUGAUAGGCGAAACGGAUUCCAAAUCAUACAAUUACAUAAGAAAAUUUGUGGAACGUCACUGGCGCGAACAACAAGCCCGUACAGACUCCACAGUCCCCACAGUCAACCAAUAAUCUAGUAAUAUCUGGAAUAUUUUGACAGUUUUAUACAAAUAUGAGGAACAGAUCUAAUUUUAAUUUUUUCAAGCAAACAUUUAGGUCCCAAUUCAUCAUGUUAAAGACAAAGAUAGAAAAAAUCUUUUUUUUGAAGAUGUGUUGCAUGAAAAAUUUUAGUAGCGUUGAACAUGUAGUUCAAAAUAUUAUUCUUUGUGUGUAGUACUUCAUCUUACUUUGUAUUAGCCAAAUAUAAUAUUUGGGAUUUUUAAUUGAUUUACGGUUUUUAUUAUGAAGCCUAUGUUUUAAAUGUUAAUGAAAUAUGCUUUAUGAACUGAACCUCUCAAAAGUUUUAUUUCAUUUUGUAAAAGAAUCAUACUGCUUCUUUCCCUUAAUAAUUUUUUUUACAAAAUAAUUGUGUAAAACUGUCCAUACUGUAUCUUUUGUAACUUUAAGAAAGCAAAAUAUUGGCGAAUGAAUAGACAAGUGUAACAUGCUAAUUUCAUUGUAGUUUUUAUAGUUACAAAAGACUUAUUUUCCAAAGAUAUUUUACGGAACACAACAAAAUUUUGUUAAUAUGUUUUGUAAAAACCUUUCAAAUGCUAAGUCCUGGGGCACUUCACUAAAAUAUUUUAUUUUGUCUUAAAUUUUUAUAUUGGCUUAAAAAAUAUAAGUUACAGUAUAAACUAUAUAAGAAUGACUUAUAAUUUUAGUAAUUAUUAGUAGAUUCGACUCAAAAAUUCCGUUCACCAAGACUUAGCAAGUGAAAGUCCGUAAUUAUUUUGUUUCAAUAUAGAAUGUUAUUUUCCAUCGAGUCCUGGCGACGUCAGUAUCAAAAUGUAUGCAAAAAUAAACUUUUUUUUAAACUUUUAUCUUAUAUAUAAGUUCCGUGAAAUGUUAAACACAAAUAAAUGUAAAUAUUUAUUACUA